AUGCCCCCCCCCAACUUGCUCUGCUUCAGGACCCUUUGCCUAUUGCUUCAUUACAGAGGCCAGAAUCCACCCAUCCACCUCAGCAUCGUCUACACUGAAUGGCAGCAUCUCUCCCGGGUUUCAGACAGGGAACAUUCUCUGCCCCACCCGGAGAUGUCAUCCAGGAUUAUCUGUGAGGAUGGGGAUAAUGCAAAGCAGAUGGUCUACUCCUGUGCUAUGGACACGCCUAGACUUGGGAGUCUUCUACUGCAUUUCAAGGGACGUUGGGAUUGUCUCCCUUUGGAAAUGGGGCUGAAUGAAGAAUGA